UUUAUCAUCAAUUAUUGCCUUACUAAAUUAUUAAAUUUACAUAAUUUUAAAUCUUUUUUUCCCCCCCCCUUUAAUAUUAUAUUGUGUAGAUUGUAGUAUCGUGACGUUAGGACACAGAAGAUUGGGGGUCCUUUUAUAUAAUAAUUUUAUUAACUAUAAUUAAAUACACGAAGAGAUUUCGAGGAUUUUGUAGGAAAACCCGAAGGCACUGAUUGUUUAUAAUAAUAAUAAUAAAAGAUUUAUGAUAGAAUACUUAAGAAAAUGUUCUUUAUUUUGGCAAUAAGAAGAACAACCUUAGCAAUUUAUAUUCUUUCUGAUUAAAAAGUCUUAUUUCUAUGGUACCGUAAUCGAUUUAUAUAAUCGUACUGGAAUUACAUCCUAACCAAAAGAUUCCUCUAGAAUCUUGCAAUACAAAAAAAAAAAAAAAAAAAAUGCUUUUACAUUGAAAAAAUGUUACUAUGGCAACAUCCUCCUACAGAUAAAAAGUAACAUCCGUCGUGAUUUGAUAAAUGGAACUCAUUUGGCAAGCCGUCCUUCCCUUUAGACAAUCGCAGCGACUCUGUCAUUUGUCAAUAAGUCGAGGAGAAAGACUGUAUUAUUGCAUUAAUAAAGUAGAAGAUGGGGAAAUAAUAAUAAUAAUAAUAAUACCAUUCCACGUUAUAAUAGAAGCAACCAUCUUAAUAAUAACUGUAAACAAUGCGAUGAAAUUCGAUCUAUACCAAUGUUAAACCAUGCAAAUUUAAAUGCUCUUAGAAUUGAUCACGUCUCAAUCCAUUGGGAAUAAGAAGAUUACUCGACAUGACUUUUCCAUAUUGAGAAGGAUACUGUGGCAUACGUGACAUUUUGUUUCAAGCACCGUCAUUGGAUCUUAUAUAUAUAUAUAUUUUUUUUUAUUUUACGACGUGAUUUUUAAUUCGUUAAAAUUCUUUAAAUUACAAAAUUAUAUUCAAUAGUUUAAGCAGUAACUUAUAUAGACCAUUAGUCUGUUCGAAGUUUGAAUUAAUCGAGUUUUUGUUUAAGAAAGAAAGGGAAAAAUUUGAUAAGAAAGAGAGCCAAAAAAAAAAAAGAAUUUUUUGACUCUCAGACUUAACAAAGAACAAGCGAUUUAAUGGACUGAGAAGUGGUGAAGUGUGACAGAUAAUAUGGAUCGACUGACGUCAAUAUUACAUUUGCUGACAGCAAACUGGGGUUUACUCCCAAUGUUUUGCUUCUGGUGGGUACUAUCAUGAUGACCGUCACCAUGUCCUUAAUCCCUUUAUGUCGGAUCUUAGGCGCUCUAGCCUUUGUCUUGGCCGUUAUGGGAUAUUUCAUGGGAACCAUAGAUACGGUGGCCAACGUUUCCAUGAUAAGAAUCUAUGGUAAAGAUGUAUCGCCGUUUCUACAGGCAUUACAUUUUUUCUAUGGUGUUGGGGCUUUUGUUAGCCCUAUGAUCGCACAGCCGUUUCUUUUAAAUGAAGACUGUUCUCCCUUUAUUGAUAAUAGCUCAGAAACUGUACACAAUUUUGAUGAAAAUGAAAUCCUGCCUGCCGCAACUCUAAAAGAAGCUCAAGCCAGGACGCAUAUCGACUAUGCCUUCUGGAUUAUGGCUCUAUUAAUGGUACCUGUCGUACUUCUAACCAUGUCUUUAGUGGGGAGAGAAUUAUACGGUCGUUAUUUCGGAGGUGGAGACUUUAACCAAAAUAAACAGGGUCAGUAUGAAAGUACAGAUACAGAAACAUCGGCUACAGAAGAACGUGGUGACAACGUACCUCCAGCUACCACAUUCCAAACCAUAUUAAUCUCAUUACUAUGCGCAGCUCUCAUGUUUCUCUAUGAUGGAUUACAAGCUGCUUACGGAGGAUACGUUUACUCGUAUGCUGUAAAAGGACCAGUUAGAUUAAAAAGAUCCGAUGCCGCUUACCUUAAUGCUCUUUUUUGGGGAAUGUUCGCAACUGGUCGUUUAAUUUCUAUAGCAUUGGCAACAAAAUUAGCACCAUCAUUUAUGCUAUUUUGUAAUAUAAGUGGUUGUAUCUUUGGAAUGAUAUUGAUGCUACUAAUGUCACACAACCAGACAGUAUUAAUAAUUGGUACUUGUAUAUUGGGUAUAUUUAUGAGUAGUGUUUUUCCGACAGCUCUUUCUUUGACCGAACAGUAUAUACAUGUGACACCUACCAUUACCAGCUUUCUAGUGUUUGGAGCAGCUCUGGGAGAAAUGUCAAUGCCUGUUAUUCUAGGACAUGAGUUUGAGCGAACGGGACCUAUUACGUUUUUGGUGACGGGAACGGUAUUGUGUUUCCUAUCUCUCAUUGUUUAUAUAGCCCUAUGGGUUGCCGGUCACAGCGUAGUAAGAUACGCAGCAUCACCGGGUAUAUUAGGAUUCUUGAAUUCGUGUAUUCCAAGUAAGAAAACAGCCGAAGGAGAGGAUAUGGGUUUAAUGACUCAACACGUCAGAUAUUAUUCUCGUAUGCAAUCAGAUAUGUCCGAAAGUAGUUUGUGUGAACAAUACGCGGAUACAACUCUAAAUGAAGAAAAGAAAACUGAUUUGAAAUAAAUGUUUGUACAUUCCUUUUUGUUUUUUUGAAGUUAAUAUCUUCGUGUGACUCACGAAUUAUUAGGAAAAAGAAGUGAUAAAUAUUACUGGCAGCACGGAAUAUGCCAGAAAAGAAUAGUUAACUGUUGCCAAAUGUAGAGAUAAAAUGUUAUGUGAUGUCAUAAGAAUUGGAGAAAGAAAACAGAAUGGCAAUCCUCUUCCUUCCUAUUUUUCCCUUCUUACUAGAAUUCUCUGAAAAUCCUUCUUUUCCCUUGGGAUGAGAUUAAUUCUAUGAUGUUCUUUGUUGUAUAAUGAUUGUGUGUAUAUGAAUUAAAAAGUUUUGCUUGCUGUUGAUAUCUUUUUUUUUAUUAUUACAAAACAGUAAUUUGAAUAUUCAAUACGAUAAAGUUCUUAAUUUAAUAAACAUUAUAGGUU